AUGACAUUAAAAAUAGAGUUAUACGUCGACAUUUUACACGUUCAGGAGAAACAAUUAGCAGAUUUUAAUAUAGUUAUGAACUCUAUGAUACGACUACAUGAGUUAUUACUUAAACAUCCUAAUCUUGUUCCUACCAACUGCUUGGAUGAAAAAUGGAAGUGGUUUAAGAAUUAUCUAGGUGCACUAGGAACCUAUAUUAUAGUCAAUGUGGGUAUUCUCGAUAGACCUAGGUAUCAAACCAGGAAGAAUGAAAUUGCUACUAAUGUUUUAGGAGUUUUCUCCCAAGAUAUACAAUUUAUCUAUGUUUUACCUGGAUGGGAAGGUUCAGCUUCUGACUCAAGAGUUUUACGAGAUGCUAUAUCUAGGAGGAAUGGAUUAAAGAUUCCAAAAGGUUGUUAUUAUCUAUGUGAUGCUAGCUAUACAAAUGGUGAAGGAUUUUUGGCUCCUUACAGAGGACAACGAUAUCAUUUAAAUGAUUGGAUGCAAGGAUACCAACCAAGAACUCUAGCUGAAUUUUUUAAUAUGAAGCAUUCAUCUGCAAGAAAUGUAAUAGAACGAGCAUUUGGACUAUUAAAAGGUCGAUGGGCUAUUCUUCGAGGGAAAUCUUACUAUCCAGUAAAAGUUCGUCGCAUUAUUACAGCUUAUUGUCUCAUUCAUAAUCUUAUAAGAAGAGAAAUGCUUGUAGAUCCGUUAGAAGAAGAUGAAGUUGGAGACACUCAUUCAAGUACUUUUGACAUGGAUAGUGAUCGAAUAACACAUGUUGAAAGUUCAAAUGAAUGGACAAAUUGGAGAGAUAACUUAGCAAUUGAGAUGUUUGAGGAGUGGAGUGACAUUAGAUAUUAA